GUUUCGCCGCGAUUCGAUUCGAGUCGAGUUGCUUCAGUUGAAGUUUGUCGCUGGCCGCGUUCAGUUGUCCGGCUAGAAAAGCGGAAGACCGGGAAAUCCAGACGCGCUACAGACGCCCGAUAUCUGCUCCCACUCGCAGCGCAAGAUCGCGGGAAAUCAGGAAGCUCCGAAAACAUCGGAUAACCGUUUUUAUUUUUAUUCCCCUUUGGUUCGUUCUCGCCUCCGUUUCUUCUGUUACUUCUGUUUUCGUGUCUUAAGUUUGGAACCCUUCGCCGAUUUCCAGCAUUUAGUUACUACAUAUGUGUUCUGUGUUAUCAAAAACGCGGGCGAAAGAAGCGCUCUAUCUGCGAUUGUAAAGACAAACACCCACCACAAGAAAGCAGCUGUGUGCCUCUCGGGCAAAUGAACCGAAAUUAAAGGAGAUUACAAACAUCGCUAUCAAGCAAAUGUAGAGACUGUUAGUCCGGAGAACAAAGGCUAGCAACAUCUGAGGAGCACAAGCACGUGCAGAGUGGAAGGGUCGCCAGCUCAAACCGACAAAUGAAAACCAAAAACCAGACCAACAUCAUCUGCUCCAACUGCCAAUGCUUUAGCCACUCGAGUCGGGGAAUCGCCAUCACCGACGAGAAGAACGUCCUGCGGAUCCAGAGCUACACCUACAAGUGCUUGAACCACAAUCCGCGACCUCGGAUACUCCGCUGA